UCCUAGUGAAGGGGUCCGAGAUAAACCUCCACACAGCCCUCCUGCCUCCCAGCCCCGGCUCCGCCCUCGAACCCCGCCUCUGAUCGAGUCUUCCGGUUUCAGGAGGACCCUGUGUCGCGAUUGCCUUGUUUCCCCUCCGGAGACCUAAUCGCGAGUCACCCAGUGCGGGCGGAACGAUUUCCGAGGUGGCUCCGCGGUCCAUUUCCGCCCGCCCGGAGCGCUCCUCUCUUCCCGCCUCCCUUCUCCGAGCGUCCUAAACACCGGCCUCGGGCCUCCGGCUCCGCGGGUCCUGGGGGGCGGGGAGCAGGUCUGAUGAGUCACCCCUCCCCCUCGGCCCCCGAGGAAGAAGCCUCCACGUCUGUCUGUCGGCCCAAGAGUUCCAUGGCCUCUGCUUCCCGCCGGCAACGACGAGAGCGCCGCUUCCGGCGGUACUUGUCGGCAGGGCGGCUGGUGCGAGCCCAGGCUCUCCUCCAGCGACACCCAGGCCUCGAUGUGGAUGCCGGGCAGCCCCCUCCUCUGCACAGGGCCUGCGCUCGCCACGAUGCCCCAGCCCUGUGCCUGCUGCUGCGUCUCGGGGCUGACCCUGCCCACCAGGACCGCCACGGCAACACGGCGCUGCACGCUGCGGCCCGCCAGGGCCCCGAUGCUUACACGGACUUCUUCCUGCCUCUGCUGAGUCGCUGCCCCUCCGCCAUGGGGAUAAAGAAUAAGGAAGGGGAGACUCCUGGGCAGAUUCUGGGCUGGGGCCCCCCCUGGGAUUCUGCCGAAGAGGAAGAGGACGAGGAGGUUUCCACGGAGCGGGAAUGGCGGCAGAAGCUGCAGGGCGAGCUGGAAGAUGAGUGGCAAGAAGCCAUCGGGAGGUUUGAAGAUGAUGCUUCUCACGAGGUACAGGAGCCCGAGUCCUUCUCAGCCUGGUCAGAUCGCCUGGCUCGAGAGCAUGCCCAGAAACGACGGCAGCAGCUAGAGGCAGAGAGAUCCUUCAGACCCCAAAGGGCUGAGGGCUCCAGCCACAGCUGGCGUCAGCAAGAGGAGGAACGGCGGCUUUUCCGAGAGCGAGCCCGGGCCAAAGAGGAGGAACUGCGAGAGAGCCGAGCCAGACGGACUCAAGAAGCUCAAGGGGGCAGAGGGACAGAGCCUCUCCGGCCUGGGCCCAGGGCAGAGCACUCACAAGGGGCAGGGAGGGGCAGCCUCUGGCGCUUUGGUGAUGUGCCCUGGCCCUGCCCUGGUGGAGGGGACCCAGAGGCCAUGGCUGCAGCGUUGGUGGCCAGGGGCCCCCCUCUGGAGGAACAGGGGGCUCUGAGGAGGUACUUGAGAGUCCAGCAGGUCCGAUGGCACCCUGACCGCUUCCUCCAACGAUUCCGAAGCCAGAUUGAGACCUGGGAACUGGGCCGUGUGAUGGGAGCGGUGACAGCCCUUUCUCAGGCCCUGAACCGCCAUGCAGAAGCCCUCAAGUGACCCAGGGGAUGGGCAAGAACCUGUGCGGGUGCAGCCUCAAGUGACCCGGGGGAAUGGGCAAGAACCUGUGCGGGUGUAGCCUCAAGGAUAGGCAGGAAGAGGCGUAAGGUCAUGGAUGGGGAUGGACGGAGGCAGGCCCUGCACAGAGAGGAUAUGGGGCAGGCUCACGUAAUGGGUGCGGGGGUGGGGCGGGGGAGGCUCUACCACUGCUCUUGACUGCCGCUUCCUAAUAAGACCUGGUUCCCCGUCUCAC